AUGGAUGACGAAGAAUCUUUAUACGUCUCUGAUACAGAAAAGCAUGAAGUUAGGCGAUGGCGAAUGGGUGAAAAGAAUGGAACAGUGGUGGCAGGUGGUAAUGGAGAAGGUAAUCGUCGUGAUCAGCUCGAUUAUCCUUAUUCCAUCGUCGUCGAUCAAGAUCAUUCAGUGUACGUAUCGGACUGGAACAAUCAUCGUGUAAUGAAAUGGAUGAAAGGUGCGAAAGAAGGCAUUAUUGUGGCUGGUGGUAACGGUAAAGGGGAUGCUCUAACACAAUUGCAUUAUCCAAAUGGACUAUUCGUCGAUCGAUUGAACACUGUCUAUGUGGCUGACUCGAAGAAUCAUCGAAUAAUGCGUUGGCCGCAAGGAGCCACAAGCGGAAGUGUUAACAAACGACUUCAUGCAAUUGUACAUGAUUCAAUUUUUACAAAUUGUUUAACAUUGAUGAAGAAUGUCUCAGUUGAUUCCAUCGAUCCAUUAUCUGAUCCAAUACUUGAUCAAUUUUUUUUACAAAUUUUACCUUCGAUUCAUCAUAAAAUCAAAUGGUUUAAUCUUGAAUCAUCAUCUAUGAAACGGAUUCUUCUUGCUACAAAUUAUCCGAAUUUAUAUGGACUUGGUUUAUAUGAUAUUGAGAUAGAAACAGCUCUGUCUUUCUUUAGUGGCGAAUCUUGUUUAACUUCUAUAGAUAAAAAUCAAAUCUUUGAGUUUGUUAUCAAACGUACUACAUAUGGAAAAGUAAAUUUAACGAAGGAUAUGAAUUCACGAAUAUUAGCACGUAUCUUUACUACGUUUUCCAAUUUACAAUAUUUAAAUUUUUGUGCAUCUUCAAUUUGGAAUGAACAAUUAGCAUUUUUAAAUCCGUAUCCAGGUAUAAACUCUUCAACUCUCUUAGAAUUGCAUAUCCUUUUGGUGUCGUUCUCCGACUGUCUUUAUAUACUUGAUGGACGUUUCAAUAAACUUCACACACUUCAUGUUGAUAUUUUUUCUAUUACUCCUUCGGAUUUAAGAAACAAUAAUCAGAAAAAAUUACCUAUACCUAAUAUAAGAUGUUUUUCACUAUACUGUGAACCGAUGACAAAUGUUUAUGAUGAAGUAAUUGUACCACAUCUACAACGAAUGUCGAAUUUAGAAAAACUCUCUUUGAAUCUUGGUAUUUGUGACAAAAAUACAUUUGUUGAUGGAAAUGAAUUGAAGCAGAAUAUUAUUAACUAUAUGCCACAAUUAAAGAGUUUUCAAUUUUAUAUUUGCUCACAUCUUUAUCUUUCUAAUCAAAUUUAUCUACCAUCAAAAGAAGAUAUUCAACAUACAUUCAGAGAUUUUAAAGAUGAUCAAGUUAUUUCUUAUAUUGAUUAUUUCCAAAAAGAACAAUAUAGUUUAUGUCAUAUCUAUUCAUAUUCGUUCAAAUUAAAAUAUUACUAUACUAUAACAAAUAAUUUUCCAGGUGGAUUAUUUAAAUAUGUUCAUGAACUAUUAUUUUAUGAUGAAUGUCCUUUUGAACAUGAAUUUUUUCUCCAAAUUGCUCAAUCGUUUCCAUUUAUUAAACGUUUAUCUAUAAAAAAUUCGAAACCACAAAAUAACAAAUUAUGUAAAGAAUCAAAGAAUGACAAUCAAGAUUUUUCGGUCAUUAAAUUUCCUCAUCUUAUUUGUCUUACUCUUAAUCUAGCUCAUGAUGACUAUAUUGAAGAAUUUCUAGUUGAUACAAGAAUAUGUUUACUGAAUAAUAAUGUUCAUCUUAACAUUUUUUACCACCAAUUGAAAAGAGUGACGCAUCAUUUUACAAGAGAUACAACACGAAUCAAUUGUGCAAAACUGAAUUCUUUAUGUUUUGGUGGUCGUCGACUUCCUAAAUAUGCAAAAGACUAUUUUCCACAUGUAUAA